AGAUAAAAUGAGUUACAUGAAUAUGAACCAAGAGAACUUUUUUCUAAGUAUUACUUAUUAUGAACAUUACAUGUACAAAGGGGCAAUUUUCCGACAAAUUAAUGGUGCGCGCGGAUUUAAAAUUUAGUCGAAGCUUAAAAUAGAGAUGAAGUUAUUGAUUUUCCUAAUCCCAACACUUUAUGCUCAAACAGACUUAAGCAAGUAUAAUUUGAUCGAGCAUUUAGUCGGAAGUAAUUCAACAUACAAGAAAGAUGUAAAACCGGAUAUACUGACGAUCGUCACAGUGCAGGUAGACAUAUAUGAUAUAGCAAGAAAUGAAGAGAAGAAUACGGGAUUUCUUUUUGACUUGUACCUGCGAAUGUGGUGGAAAGAUAGACGACUAAAUUAUUCUCAGUUGGCUAAUUAUAGUAAACUUGAGCUGUCGGAAGGUAAAACAAAACAAAUAUGGCAACCGGAUGUUUACUUCUUGACGGAUCGGUCACCAGGGUCGAACGAGCAAAAAACAUUUAACAGUAUGGUUUAUAUACAUAAAAAUGGCGAAAUAGUCUACAGCCAAAGAACAUCAAUGGCUUUACGGUCAUCCUUCGAUCUUAAGUAUUAUCCUUAUGACGAACAAGUUUGUGAAUUGAAGAUGCAAAGUUUUACUUACACAAAUGAUUCGCUGAUACUUAAAUGGAAGAAAGAUAAUCCAUUGAAAUUGUCUGGGGUACACAUGACAGAAUUUCUCAUCUCGGUUGGCGAAUAUAGUGAUGAUGAUACACCCCUUUUAGAUCAAGUUGGGGACUACUCUACUUUAAAAGGAAGAAUUAUCAUGGAGAGAACGGGUGGUGCCCAUUUCUUUCAAUUAUACGGACCAAGCGUAGCAAUUUUGUUUGUGUCAUGGCUGGCUUUGUUCAUUGACGAAAAGAGAAUUUCACCACGUCUUUCAGUACAUACAGGCUGUAUUAUUGCAUUGAUCACCCGAUGGGUUGGCAUUUAUUUCAUUAUACCAGCGGUGUCAUAUGUUAGAGCUAUUGAUGUAUGGAUGAUCAUUCACCAGGUCCUCAUUGUUUGUGCCUUUCUCGCCAACAUUUUAUCUUUAAUGGCAAGACGUGACGAUCCAAACAAGGACAGGACAUUUAAAGACUCGAAGAAUGAAGAGAGGCUUCUACAAAGACUGAACUAUAUUACUUACUGUGUGAAGGAAACAAAGCCUUUUAAAUAUCUCUGCUGUAAUUGUUUCAAGCGUUUUUGCUGUUAUUGUGAAGCGGAACUGGAUUCAAACGAAUCAAGCGUAAUUUCAAGUAACAACCGCCAGGCUAAACUUAUCGAAAUCGUUGCAAUUAUUGCUUUGUUUGGUCACUACAUUAUCUUUCUAAUUGUAUAUACAACUUGCGUCCCUUCUCAUAAAGUAUCAGUUAUAUUCUUACUUUGCAUCGGCACUACCGGUUUACUUUGUUGGAUAUUUCUAGUCGCAUUACUGUUUUGUUGUAUGGGAAAUCCUCAUGUUUAAGUUGUGAGGAUGAAAAACAGAUAAGAGAUGAACAUAAAAAGGAUGGAGAAAACGAAAAUCGAAAUGGCUGUGAUGCACCCGAAAGAGGAUCAUCGGAUAAAGAUAGCAAAAUAGUUGUAAGUCCAAACAAAGUUGAAGCAAAUGAUAAUAAAAAACAAGAAAAGCAAGAAAAAGAUAAGCGAGAGGAACAUAAUACUGAAUGUGUGGAAUUGCAAGAAAACAGGACAGUCAAAUAUUCUAAAUCACACAAAGAAGGAGGAGGAAAAGUAAGAAAAGGGGAAGAAAGACGAGAAGAAGUAGAAGGAGAAGGAAAAUACGAAGACAAGAAAGGAGAAAAAGAAGAAGGAAAAGAAGGUAGAGAAGGAGGAAAAGGAGAAGAAAGAAAAGAAAAAGAAGAUGAUGAUGAGAAACUAUAAACCAUAUUGACAAUCUAUACAGUUUAGCGCGAAUAUAUGC